GUUAUAUGUUGGAACCAAGUCGAAGUAGCAAAAUAAAGAGUUAGCAAGUACUAAUGGAAACUCCUAAAUUUGCAUUCUUGUCUUUGCUUCUUCUCCUUACUAGUGCUACUAUAAGUUCAGCUCAACUAAGUAGUGGCUUCUACAAGAACACAUGCCCCAAUGUGGAGCAGUUGGUUCGCUCUGCUGUUGCACAGAAGUUCCAACAGACCUUUGUGACUGCUCCUGCCACUCUUAGACUCUUCUUCCAUGAUUGCUUUGUGAGGGGUUGUGAUGCUUCGAUUUUGCUUGCAAAUGGUAGGCCAGAGAAGGAUCAUCCUGAUCAAAUUUCUCUAGCUGGUGAUGGUUUUGACACAGUGAUUAAAGCCAAGGCAGCUGUUGAUAGAGACCCUAAGUGCCGUAACAAAGUCUCUUGUGCUGACAUACUCGCUCUGGCUACUAGGGAUGUCGUAAAUUUGGCUGGUGGACCAUUUUAUAAUGUUGAAUUGGGAAGGCGUGACGGGAGAAUAUCUACUAUUGCCAGUGUUCAACGCCAUCUUCCUCACCCUGAAUUCAAUUUGGAUCAGCUCAAUUCCAUGUUUAACUUUAAUGGCCUAUCCCAGACAGAUAUGAUUGCAUUAUCAGGUGCGCAUACAAUUGGGUUCUCUCACUGCAACAAAUUCUCGAAUCGAAUCUACAACUUCAGCCCCAGAAACAGAAUUGACCCAACACUGAAUUUACAAUAUGCUUUUCAACUUAGGCAAAUGUGCCCCUUAAGGGUUGAUCCUAGAAUAGCCAUAAACAUGGACCCUGUCACGCCUCAAAAGUUUGACAACCAAUACUUCAAGAAUCUGCAGCAAGGUAAGGGUCUCUUCACUUCUGAUCAGGUGCUGUUUACAGAUGCAAGGUCAAAGGCCACAGUCAACUUAUUUGCAUCAAAUGAAGGAGCUUUUCAGAAAGCUUUUGUUGAUGCUGUUACUAAGUUGGGAAGGGUUGGUGUUAAAACUGGAAAUCAAGGUGAAAUUAGGUUUGAUUGCACCAGGCCCAACUAGAAAAGUACCAAUGUGUUAUCAUCAUUCCUAUUUAGAAUUUGUACGAAUUUUUUUGUUUUUUUUAACGGCGAGAAUAAGGUGUGAACCUAAAAUCUUGUAUGAACCAUCCAAAACUUUCAUCAUUAGGCCGAUCUAGUUGGUUGAGUUUGUAUAAGUUAUAUUUAAUAAUUCAUUAUUGUAUUAAUAAUAAUUGAUGGAGUUCUUUGAUCGAGUUCCAUUCAUUGCUUCAAGUUA